GAUAGACCCAGAGAUAUACAGGCACACAGGCAGACAGCAAGCCAUACAUUCAUACACACACACACACACUAAGGGAUGUGAGGGAGGGACAGACUACGAGAACAUACGGCUCAAACUGGAAUAAGACUAAACUUUAGAGAAAAACGGUUACAGAGUAACAUAAACAGGGAUACAUUCUAAUUAAACACAUAAAACGUUCCAAAGCCAUUAAGUAUCAAACAAGAAGCUAAAGAAGGUAAACAGUUAUAUAAGAGUCACUUGGGACCACUUGAGAGUGAAUCCAUAGACACUGGUACAUAGAUAGAGGAGCUGUUUUUGGGAUUGCUGCUGAGUAGGCUAUAAGGAUGUCCACGCACAAUAUAGUGUGGACCAGGCUCAUCCCUUUAUUCAUUGCCCGUUGGAUGCCUUGGCUGUUACUCCUGCUGUGCAUAAAAGGAUGUAUGUCAUCUCUUGGGUCCUCUAACCCUCUGUUCUCCAAGGACAGGCGAGUGACCCGUGAAGAUUCAGCAGGACCUGUGAAUACCCUGUCUGACCCUCUGUCCCUGCACAUGAUGAAGUUGUAUGAGAAGUACAGUCGGGAGGGCAGCAGACCCCGUGAUGGGAACACAGUAAGGAGCUUCAGGGCACAGCUAGACCCUAUGGUUUCACGUUCCACCUAUAAAUUCAACUUAACAUCUCUCCAAGAGUCUGAGGUAGUCUUGGUUGCCACUCUUCAUUUUGCUCCCGAAAAGGUUAAUCGUCCUGCAAGAGAGGCAUUCUGCAAGAGGUCAAAAAACUCUUCUUGCCGUAUUCUCUCCCCACAAUUUCAGUGGAUCAAUGUUAACUUCAAGAGUGCUCUUCACAACACAGAUCUAGGCUCAGUGAAAUGGAACAUCACCAACAAUCCACCAUACCGGAGAGCAACUUGGCAUGCCAAAGACAUUACCAGCAUUAUCCGGUCAGCCCAGAGGGAGCAAGACUUGGUGAUAUCAGUUGAUAUAGACUUUGGAGAUAAGUUUCCUGCGACUUAUGAAAACGCCCCUAAUGAUCUGCCAUACAUUUUGGUCUUUGCAAAUGAUAGGGCAAUUUCAGAGCCAAAUAGUGUGGCACUGACCUUACAGAGAUAUGACACAUCACAAACAAAUGGUGGAGAUCCAAAAAACUCACCCAAUGCAUCUUCAGAAAGCAGGGUGAGGAGAGAUGCUAGCAGUUUUGUUGGUUCUCCCCAUGAUAAUGAACUUCCAAAUGUUAAGUAUGUACGGUACGGUAAGCAUGAUCUUUGGGACACCACAUACAAAUCUCUAAAACACAAAGCACCAAGGAAAGAAAAAAAGAAAAAGGGUCAAGAGAAUGCAGAUACAUUGCCUAAAUCGCCUGUUCUGCACUUUGAUGAGAGGACUAUGAAGAAAGCAAGGAGGAGACAGUGGGAUGAACCCAAGGUCUGCUCACGCAGGUACCUAAAGGUGGACUUUGCUGAUAUCGGAUGGAGUGAGUGGAUUAUAUCCCCCAAGUCAUUUGAUGCUUACUACUGCUCUGGUACUUGUGAAUUCCCCAUGCCAAAAGUUGUCCGUCCUUCCAACCACGCCACCAUUCAAAGUAUUGUGAAAGCUGUAGGCAUCAUUCCUGGUGUCCCAGAGCCAUGCUGUACCCCUGAGAAGAUGAACUCACUCAGUGUCCUUUUUUUAGAUGAGACUCGCAAUGUGGUGCUUAAAGUGUACCCCAAUAUGUCAGUGGAGAGCUGUACCUGCAGAUAGUGAGGGUUGAUUCAUACUCUCUUGGCUCCCUCAGAGUCUUUCAGCAACUCAAAUGGGUCCUGGACUGUGAAGGCCCUUACGCUUUUAUCUUCCUCUCGUUCUUAAGCCCACCACCAAUGCUGCAGGCUUAUGUUCUUCUCCACAAUACUUAUUUAGUCAGCUCUUCCAACAAGGCAUUGCUGGAGAAGAAUGCAUCUCAUUAGGGGAUACAACAAGGUAUUCAGAUAAGGCCUACACAAUGAGAUUAGAAACAGGAGGUAUCAGAAUUUUGGUGCAAGGUAUUUUUAAUUACUGCCCUGACCUGGCCAUAUAGAUAAAGACAUCAUUUCACCCUGCAUGCAGCCAGAGACAAAAAUAA